AUGUCACAUCUGAUAUGGAAUGAUUUUUACACUUUCUUUGUCUGAUUGUAAGUGUUCUUGUGUUUGGACAGGUCCAGAAGGUGCUUUCUUUGAGCAUUCUGUUAAGACUCCUCUGGUCAAAGCAGUACUCAACAAAGAGCUAAAACUGGAGUCUCCAACACGCUCUCUCAGCAUGGAUGCCCCAAAAGGCGUUCACGUCAAAGCCCUGGCUGGAAAUGUUGACGUGACAGCACAUUUUGACAUUCUGCUACACUCAACUGCAGGACUGCUGAUCUUAGAUGCUGAAUCUGUUCGUCUGCCGACAUUACCUGUGGGAGAAGCCCGGACUUCAGGUGAUUCUCAGGGAAUGUACGACAUGUUUGAGGUGUGCGUUUGUCCCAGCGGUAAGCUGUUCCUCUCCAGAGCUGGCGUCUCCUCGACCUGCAGCGAGCACCAGGACUGCUGAAUGAGCUUCUGUCUGUAACACAAACAGUAGUAACAAAUCUCCCAUAGAAACAAGUUCUUGUCUCUGAGCAAGGUAAAAAAAAACACUAAUUUAGUUACAAAAUGUAUUAUAUGUUACUGAACAGUUGUUCCUAACCCUGGUCCUGGAUUACCACCAACACUGCACAUUUAGGUCUCUCUUAUCUGAAACUCUCUUAUCUGAGGUCUUGUUCUGCAUCCAAAUUCACAUACUAUCCGUCCUAAAUAGUUUUUGAAAUUAGAAUGAAUUUGUCCCAAAUCGUAGUAUGAUGAAAUGAGGAUUCCAAGGAUGGUCUACUUUUUCCGGUUAGAGUCCGAAGUGCAGAUCCGUGCAAACUCUUAACGGCUAAUAUUGCCCACAACCCAUUGCAUGUUGGACAAGGAUUCAAUUAGACAAACACAACUAAAAAAAGUUAAAAAACUACAAACAUGGCGGUGUGCGAGUCCGAUGGUUAAGUAGAGAGGUUUAGAUAUGGGGUUUGAAUGAUUAAUAUUCAGUAUGUAACCUGACGAAAAGAGAUUUAUUCA